AUGGAAAACGUUGACGCCACCUUUGAACCUGGAGAGAUGCACCAGGCUUCAGACCUCCAAAGAUUUUUCACGCAAGCAAAUGAACUGGGAGAACCUGAACUAUCGUGUAGCGUGAUAGCCCCUCGCGGCGUUCUGGAACAUCUCACCGUCACCGUCGUCAAUGAUUUAAGUCCCUUCGUUGUGAAUGAGUCCGAAGAACUUGUCAGCAACGUCAUAUCUGUAGAAUGUUCCUUGGUGGGUCAACUCAACAUUGCUCCCAUCAGCAUCGCAAUGCCGUUUAAUUCCCGCUACAGAGGAAUGUACAAAGACGUAAUGGUGAAAGUGAGUGACACAAACUUCCAGUCCAUUUAUUUAACUCCCACCUCUUUGGAAGGACAUCAAGGCAGCCAGAAGGUGCAGCCCAUUGAUCAAUCCACGCUUUCAAUACUGAAGAUACAACAUGAUGAAUAUCAUUCAGUCAUGUCAACCAGCUCUCUGGUCCACCUGGAAUAUUCUUCAUCUCUGCCAUUCAACAGAGCUAUCACUGUGGUUCUACCUUGCCCUCCGAAUCAAGACAAAAGAAGAGAGGGCAUUGAGACCGAGGCUGGGAGAGCAACAAGUGCUUCAAUCCCCAGAGUUGCGAGCACUCAUAAUUUCCGAGGUCUCAGUGCCUCCCCAAGAAAACACAGGGACAACCUGAAGGAACCACUGAAGGUCCUUGGCUACAGAAACAGCGAAGAAGAAUGGAUCCUGCUGCAUGACGUCAUUGUGCGAAAUGCAAGGAACGGGCUUGUGUCAUUUGACUUAGAGGAACCCUUAGAGAGAUUUAUCGUCGUUCGCUUAUCUUCUGCGAUGGACAGCGAACAUCUGGUUCAGUUUAUUCAGACUCUGGAACACGCCAUCCACAACAUCAUGGUGAAGGUGGUACUGUAUCAGAAUAAAGAGGAUCCUUACAAGAUCAUCGUCUUACUGGUUCCGUUUAAAGAAUUAAGCAUGGAGCUGCAAUCUUUACACAAGGAAGGAUAUUGUGCCCCUCCAGAACCUUCCAAGCCAUUUAAAAUGAGAGAAGGCGAUCAGGUUUACUUCAAAUUCAGCGGAAACAUUUUUGCCUCAGAUGACGGGAAUACCUACGGGAAAAAUUACAAGCUCGCUUUUCACGCUCAAAGAAAACCACGGCUUGCUCUUCAGAUCAAGGAAGUGGAUGAAUUUGGUAACUACAGUUCACCCCAUUAUAAAGGAACGGCCUUAUUUUACAAAGUGACAAAAGACGCUGCCCUCAACAACGUAGAAACUCUUCCGCUAGAAGACCAUGAACAAGAUUCCUUCCUGUGCAAACUGGCUCUGACUUUGCCAAAAGUGCAUCAAAACACAGAGACUCCCAACUAUUUCCUCCAACCUUAG